AAGAAAAAAAAAAAAAGAGCAAGAUUGUCUACUUCACAGAAAUGUUCUUCGGAUAUUUAAACAUGCAAAUGGAGUGCAAUAUUCAUUAGGAAUUCAGAUUUCCAGUUUACGGAUUCUCUCUUUUUCACACUCGUACAAACACAAAACAUGUUAGUUAGUUGUUCUUGAUCCUUUCUAAACCAACAAGGUUCUAAGCCCUGGAUAGACGUUAUCUAUUCUAUGAGAUGUCUCUGCUAGUUUUCAUAGUUUUGUGCUUGGGGAUAUACCAUUGGACUCACAGUUCAAGCUCAGUAGCUUCGAAGACGCAGCGGGGUACCGUUUUUGUCAACGGAACAGCUCCGAUCGGACGAAUAGACGACGACUUUGUCUGCGCCACUAUUGAUUGGUGGCCUCCUGAUAAAUGUGACUUUGGAACUUGUAGCUGGGGCACAGCUUCUCUUCUCAAUCUAGACCUUAACGAUCCUAUACUUGUAAAUGCAAUACGAGCAUUUUCAUCCCUGAAAAUUAGGCUUGGGGGCACUUUGCAAGACAAAGUCAUAUACGAGACACAAGACAAUAAACAGCCUUGUACCCCGUUUGUCAAAAAAGACUCGGAUUUGCUUGGCUUCUCUCAAGGCUGCUUACCUAUGUCUCGGUGGGACGAACUAAACACUUUCUUCAACAGAACUGGGGCUGUUGUUGUUUUUGGUCUAAAUGCGCUAAGGGGCAGGACAAUAGAUUCCCAAGGUUCUGCCACCGGAGCUUGGAAUUCCAGUAACGCUGAAUCUCUUAUGAGGUAUACGGUCAACAAGGGAUAUAAAAUUCAUGGUUGGGAACUUGGGAAUGAACUGAGCGGGCGCGGAAUUGGAGCAGGAGUUGCGCCAGACCAAUAUGCAUCUGACAUUAACCAUCUGCAAAACAUUGUCCAAAAAAUCUAUGAAGGUUUUGAAGUCAAGCCAUUGGUUCUUGCACCAGGAGGGUUCUUUGACCCCACUUGGUUCACAGAGUUCUUAGACAAAACGCCAAAGUCUCUUCAAGUAGUUACCCACCACGUUUACAACCUUGGUCCAGGCAGUGAUGAGCAUCUCAUUGACAAGAUCCUAAACCCGUCUGUUCUCAGCAGCGAGUCGGGGACUUUCGGUAGCCUACAAAGUAUUCUUAAGCAUUCAGGGACGUCAGCAGUUGCUUGGGUUGGCGAAGCAGGAGGGGCUUAUAACAGUGGCCGCAAUCUCGUCACCAAUGCCUUUGUGUUCAGUUUCUGGUACUUGGAUCAGCUGGGUAUGGCAGCAUCUUAUGAUACCAAAACAUACUGCAGACAAACAUUAAUUGGCGGAAAUUAUGGUCUUCUCAAUACUAACACUUUUGUCCCAAAUCCAGAUUAUUACAGUGCUCUUCUUUGGCAUCGAUUAAUGGGAAACAAUGUCAUCUCAACAAACUUUUCUGGGACGACGAAAAUGCGCGCUUAUGCUCACUGUUCCAAGAAAACUCGAGGAAUCACAUUGCUCCUGAUCAACCUAGAGAAAGACACUACAGUUAAUGUCCGAGUUUCAACUGAGACUGAUGCAAGCUCCAAGACUUUGAAUACGGAACAUCGAAGAACAACACCGUCUACAAUGUCUCAAGGAUCGAUAUCUAGCGAAAAUAUAACAAGAGAAGAAUACCACCUAACGGCUAAAAAUGGGAAUUUAGAGAGCCAAAAUGUGCAUCUAAAUGGCAAAAUAUUAAAUGUAGAUUCAUCUGGAGUCAUACCACCCUUGGACCCAAUAAAUAAAAGUGUGUCCGAACCGAUAACUGUGGCUCCUUUCUCUAUUGUAUUUGCUCUCAUCCUCAACAUUGAUGUCCCAGCCUGUUUAUAAAUUAUUGAGAGAAAAAAAAUAAAAAU